AUGGGCUCAGAAGAAAAAGUCACCACUUUGUUUAAUACCACAUUUGUUCGCCCUGCAAAAUUUUACCUCAGUGGGUUUUCUAACAUUCCUAAUAUUGAUUAUUUCUUUGUCUUCCUGUGUUUUAUCUACAUCAUGACUGUUUUGGGGAAUGGCUUUCUUCUCUCAGUCAUUUGGCUGGUGAAGACUCUUCAUACUCCUAAAUACAUGAUUGUGUUCAACAUGGCUUUGACAGAUUUGUGUGGGAGCACAGCUCUCAUCCCCAAACUCUUAGACACAUUUCUGUUUGACAGAAGAUACAUCGUGUAUGAGGCUUGCUUAAGUUACAUGUUCUUUGUUUCAUUCUUUGGAGGUGUGCAGUCAUGGACACUUGUCACUAUGGCCUAUGACAGAUUUAUAGCCAUUUGUUUCCCUUUAAGGUACCACAGUAUGGUGACUAAAAAAGCUAUUGGGUCAAUGUUGAUGUUUGUAUGGUUGCUUAUAUUGAUCCUGAUGGGAUUACUUGUUGGGUUUCUUGAUCGCCUUUCUUUCUGUGGCUCUGUAGUGGUGAAAAGCUUUUUCUGUGAUCAUGGACCAGUGUAUCGUCUGGCCUGUAAUGAUACAACUUUAAAUAUUAUAUUGGCAAAUGUUGCUGUAAGUAUAGCUGCCUUUAUUCCUCUGAUUUUCAUAGUUUUGACCUAUGUUUGCAUUUCCAUAGCGCUCACCAGAAUUGCAUCAGGAGAGGAACGACUCAGAGCACUGAAAACUUGUACUUCUCACCUCAUCCUUGUUGCUAUUUUGUUUCUUCCAUUUGUGGCUACAAACGUAGCUGUAUGGGCCUCUGACAUCCAUCCUAAUGCCAGGAUCAUAAACUCAACAUUGACACACACCAUACCAGCUUUGCUCAAUCCUAUCAUAUAUGCUUUAAAGACUGAUGAAGUGAUAAAUGCAGUUAAGAAGCUUUUCAAAAGAAAUAAUAUUAACAGCACAGUCACAAAGUGGUAA